CUAGGACCCCGAGAACUCCUUCCCGCUGACGGGCCUCUGCGGCGUCUGAAGCCCGAGACGGCGGAGCGGAGCAGGCCGGUGCCGGUGCCGGGGAGGGUCAGGACGGGGAGAGACGCGGAGGGAAGACGGGCAGCGCGCGACCACCGGAGGGUUCAGGCCCGGGGCUGCAUGGCGAAACGGGGAGAAGGAGGAUUUGAUGGUCUGAAGGUGGAUCAGUUUCAUCGCCACAAAAGUCCCUCAGCAUUUUAAUGUCUUUUAUCUCAUUUGCGUUGAUUUCAAAUGCAUCGAUCAGGCCUGUAGUGUGUUUUUGUUUCAUCAUGCCUCUUGAUCUGGACUGUGACGCAGCGGCGAACAAAACGAGUCCAGAGGAACAGGAAGUGUGUCAGGUCACACAAGAAGAGAGAGUGACGGACACACCAACACGAAGAGUCGGACGACCCACUCGAAAACGUAAAGCACCAAGAGUGGAUAGUUGUGGGCGUGUGAUUGAGGGCGUGGCCUGUAUGAAACAGGCGGGGUGUAACGGUGAAGCAGAGAAUCGAGUUUCAAAGAAAAACCUGGAGCAGAGCGACUCCUCCCCUGACUCCACCCACCAGAACGGCACAGACACGCCUUCCGGAGCAGACGGAGACUCCACCCCUUCCACUCCACGGAAGAAACGAGGGCGGAGGAAACUCCAGCACCCGGAGCGCCACAUUGAGGAGGACGACACCAGCAGCGACACCAGCAGAGGAGAGAGUGACGGGGGUCGUCUGAGGGGCCGGCAGGGCUGGGACAUCAGUCUGAGGAGACGUCCCGUACAAAGAGAAACCUUCCAGGCCGGAGACCCCUAUCACAUCAGCCGCAGAGAGAAAGAGGAGUGGCUCGCCCGCUGGAAGAAGGAGAAGGUCAGAGAGACACCAGAAGAGGAAAAGGCCCAACUGGGGAUCACCAUGAGUGACAUAAUGGACGACCAAUCAGCUGUGGGCUCUCAGAAGGAGGAGGAGUCAGCCAUCAACCUCCCAUCCACACCCACCCCUCAGCAGCAGAACACUGACCCCGCCUCCCCAACGGUCGCCACGACGCCCGAGCCACCUCCCGUUGCAGGCGGCAACAAAGUGAUGGCAAGAUCCUCAGAGAUGGAUCUGGAGUAUGAGGACGGCCAUGGGUUCGGGAUCGGAGAGCUGAUCUGGGGGAAGCUGCGGGGAUUCUCCUGGUGGCCCGGCCGGAUCGUGUCGUGGUUUAUGGCGAGUCGCAGUCGGGCCGCUGAAGGCACCCGCUGGGUCAUGUGGUUUGGAGAUGGCAAAUUCUCCGUGGUGUGUGUAGAAAAGCUGUUGCCCAUGAGCACAUUUUGCACGUCUUUUCAUCAGCCCACCUACAACAAACAGCCCAUGUACAGAAAAGCCAUCUAUGAAGUUUUACAGACGGCAAGUGUGCGUGCUAGUAAACCGUUCACUGUGUGUGUGUCCGCCGAUGACUCGGACACAACGAACAGUAUUGAAGUGCAAACGCAGCAGAUGAUUGAUUGGGCCUGCACUGGGUUUCUCCCUUCCGGUCCCAAAGGCCUGGAGCCGCCACCAGCGGAGCGGAGCCCAUAUACUGAUGUGUAUCCAGAGAUGUGGGUGGAGCCUGAGGCCGCUGCAUACACGGCUCCGCCCCCCGCCAAGAAACCAAGGAAGAACAGUGUCGAGAAACCUAAAAUCAAAGAGAUUAUUGAUGAAGGAACCCGAGAGAGACUCAUGUAUGAAGUCAGACAAAAGAGUCGCAAUAUUGAAGAUAUUUGUAUUUCCUGUGGAAGUCUGAACGUAUCACUAGAACAUCCUCUGUUUAUCGGAGCCAUGUGCCCAAGCUGCAAGAACUCUUUCCUGGAGUGCGCGUAUCAGUACGAUGAUGACGGUUAUCAGUCAUACUGCACCAUCUGCUGCGGAGGACGAGAAGUGCUCAUGUGUGGGAACAACAACUGCUGCAGGUGUUUCUGCGUGGAGUGUGUUGAUCUGCUCGUGGGGGCCGGAUCCGCACAGGCCGCUAUCCGUGAAGACCCCUGGAACUGCUACAUGUGCUGCAGCAGGAACGUCUCGGGCCUCCUGAGGCGCAGAGACGACUGGACCUCACGACUGCAGCUGUUCUUCGCCAACAACCAUGACCAGGACUUUGAACCGACAAAGUUGUAUUCACCAAUGUCAGCAGAGAAGAGGCAGCCAAUCAGAGUGCUUUCUUUAUUUGAUGGCAUCGCUACAGGGCUGCUGGUGCUGAAGGAUCUCGGCAUUCAGGUGGAGCGGUACGUGGCGUCAGAGGUGUGUGAGGACUCCAUCACGGUGGGGAUAGUGCGACACUUGGGACAGAUCAUGUAUGUGGGAGACGUCAGGAACAUCACACGCAAGCAUAUUCAGGAGUGGGGGCCAUUUGAUCUCGUGAUCGGUGGAAGCCCCUGUAACGAUCUGUCCAUCGUCAACCCUGCCAGGAAAGGCCUGUACGAGGGCACCGGGCGUCUGUUCUUUGAGUUCUACCGGCUGCUUCAUGAAGCGCGACCCAAAGAAGGAGAUGAGCGACCAUUCUUCUGGCUGUUUGAAAAUGUCGUCGCCAUGGGAAUCAGUGACAAGAGAGACAUCUCACGCUUUCUGGAGUGUAAUCCAGUUAUGAUCGACGCUAAGGAGGUGUCGGCUGCACACAGAGCUCGAUACUUCUGGGGAAACUUACCUGGAAUGAACCGUCCUCUGAGUGCCAUGAUGAAUGAUAGACUCGACCUGCAAGACUGCCUGGAACAUGGACGCACAGCUAAGUUCGGAAAAGUGCGAACCAUCACAACUCGCUCAAACUCAAUAAAACAGGGCAAAGACCAGCACUACCCCGUCUACAUGAACAAUAAAGAGGAUAUCCUGUGGUGCACGGAGAUGGAGAGAGUUUUCGGCUUCCCCGUCCAUUACACAGAUGUGUCCAACAUGAGUCGUCUCGCCAGGCAAAGGCUUCUGGGAAGGUCGUGGAGCGUGCCUGUGAUUCGCCAUCUGUUCGCUCCGCUCAAGGAAUAUUUUGCCUGUUACUGAAGCUCCGCCCACCACACAUCAUGAUGGUGUCGUGACAUCCCUCCUCUUCCUUUCCUGCAUAUCCAAUAAGCUCCACCUUCUUGUGGUCUUCAUUUUUGCUUGUGGCCUCUGAAUGGCUGGUGCUAUCCUAAUAUUACUAUUCAACCCACUAGAUUUCAGAUAUUUAUUUGAAAACAUAACAAAUUUUUGAUUUUCUUUGUUUUUUUGUUUUUUUUGUCAUCUUCCAACUGUGACAAUUCUUUCUCUCUCACACAACUGACAGAGACAAAAUGUGUGUGUGUUAGCAAGUGUAUGUUUGUCCGAGUGUGAAAAAAUAGAGCACAAAGCGCUAGAUGACAGGUGUGAAACAAAAGCAGACGCACUCUGAAUACUCGAAGCAGGCGAAUCCCAUCCCCCAACCCUAAAACUUAUGUAACGCCAUGAACUAACCAGGUAUGAUAUGGAAACUUUCAAGAAUCAAGUCAUAUUUGAUGUUUAAUAUAUAAAGAAUCUCUCAGAAAGUAUGUCUAGGUCAUAUUUCACCCUGAUAUCAAAAGUAAAAGAAAAAAAAAGUAAUUUCCCCCCCCAUUAUUUUAUUGACUAUUAAGCACAUGUACCCAAUAAAAUGGCAUUAUUGUAUUUUAUAUAUAUAUAUAUGUAUAUAUAUAUCAGGGCUCUAGACUGCGAGCAAAAUUUGAGAAUGUGCGAGUAAAAAUUUGACGUGGUCGCACGCGUGCGAAUGCAUGGCUUUCAGUGUGAGCGCUUCAGGUGUAGAGCCUGGUUUAUAAUCGCCGCGUCAGCACGAGCGUGAAGGUGCGCGCCACGGAUGGAGCACAAUGGAGGAUUUGGUUUUCAAGCUAAAGUAAAAGACCGCUUCUUAAACCAGAGAAGGUGAACAUGUUGGUAUUCUUGUAGAAAAAAAACAUGCAAGUCCUGUCAGCGACAGCCAGUUUAGUUUUACUUUUCUUUUUGUUGUUUACCUCAAGUUACGCUAUGUAGGCUUUCCUUCAUUUUUUAAAAUAUUAUUAUUUAUUUGAUUCCUCAGUGUUUGCUUAACAUUCUGUAAUUUAUUAGUCAGUAUAUAAUACAGCAUGCGAUGUAUCCUAUGCCAUGCCUCGUCUUAUUCGUUUUUGUUAAUAAGUGUUAUACAAGCUAGUUUCUUAGCCUACCGUUUUGUUGUUGUGCUUUUUAAUUAAGAAUAACAAUGAAUCCAUCUUUUGUUUUAGUCUUAAAAAGUGAAAGGUGUAUAGCAAAACAGACAAUUAUCUUUUUUUUGUAAAACGUGACACCAAGAUCGCGAAUGUGAAAGUGAAAAAGUGCGCGAAAAAAGGAAUUCCUUUAAAAAUUUAAAUCACAAAUAAUACUGAUGAAAAAGAACGGGUUGAAUGUUGAACACUUUCGUUACCAUAUAACUGUAAACUAUGCUAAAAGUUCAUCAGCAUGCAUUGAUUAAUCAAAUGUAGCAAAAAAAAAAAAAAAAAUGCGACCAAAUUAUGUGCUCGUGUGACCAACUGAGAAAGUUAGUCGCAAAAGUGUGACCAGUGGGAAGAAUGAGUCUCGAGCCCUGUGGAUAUAUAUAUAUAUAUAUAUAUAUAUAUUAGACAUUUAGUUUUUCUUAACAUGGAUUAAUUAGCAUUAUUUUAUUUAUUUAUUGCAUUAUGGCAUAUAUAUAUAUAUAUAUAUAUAUAUAUAUAUAUAUAUAUAUAUAAUACCAUAAUGCAAAAAAAAAAUAAGGUUCUAAAAUGGGCUAAGAAAUAUGUUUUAUCUUUGGAUGAAAUUUGACUGUGGCAUAUUUUCAUGAGAUUGAUUAAGCAGUGCUACAGUGCUAUUUCUACUAUUACAUUAAUAGAAAUCAGGUAAAUCACAUCUAGUUAGGACUACAAAUGCAGUUAAUCACUUAUUUCUUUGUCAUGUGGUGCCUGGUUAGUAUACGUGUCUGUAACAUCGACACAAACAUCAUUUUCACACAUAAACACACAUUUCCUGUGAGAGAGAAGAUGUGCUUGAAAAAUCAACAAUACACUGUUUACAGGUUGCGGUCUUAUUAUGGUACUACUAAACUUCAGCAACUAUUCACUCAAAACUAACUCCACUAUGGUGCUCUCUCUCUCUCUCUCUCUCUGUCUCAUUGUCUCUCUCUCAGCAAUACAAACACAGCACACAGUCCCAUAUGAUGCCUUUCUGCUGGAUCCUAUAGGGCACAUAUGAGAGAGCUGUGUCCCAUCACACACACACAUGCAUGCUGAGAGCUGUGUUACACACUCAUAUACACCUUAAAGGGACAGUUCACCCAAAAAUAAAAAUUCUGUCCUCAUUUACUCACCCUCACAUCAUUCCGACCACAUACACACUGCAGCUAAAUUUGGUUGUCAGUUCACUUUUUAGUGCUUAAUCCUGUUCUGUACACAUGUAUAACAACCGCAUUUUACAACCAGAUUAACUCAUUUACAAAAAUUCUAAGUUGUGUGUAUGGAACAGCGUUGCCAUGUCUGAGAACAAAACCAGUCCAAUUGCUAAUCAAAACCCUUUUUAUUUUUUUUUCCUUUCAUCAAGGGGUCCCCUUCCACAGAAGUAGCUUUCGCUUUAACCCGCAGACUAAAAAACAACCCAAGGAAACAUUGUAAAAGUAGUCC